AACCCUCCAAAAUCCUUAAAGUUUCCCUUAUCCACUCCAGACUCGAGAGUCCAGAGUGCCCGGGUUUUAAUUCAAUUAAAAACUAACCACUCUCAACGGCCUACCGCCUGCUUUUCCUCUUCAUUUUCUCUCUCUUUCGUCUUCCCCCAAAAUCUGAGCACUCUAUACUUUUGUCUGAACUCAACAACUACAAAUUCUCAAUUUUUCUCUUCCCCAUUCUCUCUCCUCAAUUUUGACAAUUUUGCGCAAAUUUCUUCGAAUGCUUCAGUAAUGGCGGACAUCAUCUAUUUUUGAUUUGGUUGGAAAGUUUGGUGGAAUUUGGUGAUCAUGGAGUUGAUUGAAGGUGUAGGAGAGAGCUCUUCUCCGCCUCGGAGCUUUGGCGGUGGUGCGGCAGUUGGUGUAUUGUAUGAGAUUAGGAACGAUGUGUAUAAUCGACUUAUGGAAAUUGGAAAUGAGGAGGCAGUUUCGAAUCCGGACUUUCGUGAAAUCUUGGAUUCUCACUUCAAUAGAUUACCUCCUAGUUAUGGUUUGGAUGUUAAUAUGGAUAGAGCAGAGGACGUUUUGCUGCAUCGGAAGCUUCUUGCAUUGGCAAAGGACCCAGAAAAGAGACCUGUUUUCCACGUCCGUUGUUUGGAGGACUUUAAACCUGAGGGUAGCAAAGAACAUCCGACUGAAUCUGUUUCAAGGCCGCCUUUGGAUGCCAAUCAUGGAGGAAAUGUGCAAAGCAAGGAAGAAGAAUGGGCAUUUGAACCCUGUUCCAAGCUGGAAGAUCUUAAUUUAGAGGUCAGACAGGCCCCGGGAUUGAUGGAAAAGAGGCAAGAGAUUGGUCAUGCUCCUAUUCAUGAAGUGAUAUUUUCUGCACCAGAUAAACCCAAGCUUCUCAGUCAGCUAUCUGCUUUGCUUUCUGACUUAGGGCUUGACAUUCGUGAAGCACAUGUUUUCUCAACUACUGAUGGCUACUCUUUGGAUGUAUUUGUGGUGGAUGGAUGGCCUGUUGAGGAUGCUGGUAGCUUGCGCAAAGCUAUGGAAGAAGCAAUAGAUAAGAGUGAGGGCUCAUGGUCUGGUUCAUCGCAUUCGAAAUUCUCUGUAAAGAAAGCACUAGCUGCAGGAGGAGUACGUGGAAAUUGGGAAAUAGAUAGAAGCUUGUUGAAGAUUGGGGAAAAAGUUGCAUCUGGAUCUUGUGGCGAUCUGUAUCAAGGAGUGUACCUUAGUCAGGAUGUGGCUGUUAAGAUUCUCAGAUCUGAGCAUCUAACUGAAGCUUCAGAGGAUGAGUUUGCUCAAGAAGUGGCAAUUUUAAGAGAGGUGCAACAUGAAAACGUUGUUCGAUUUAUUGGUGCAUGUACGAAGUCUCCUGAUUUAUGCAUUGUAACAGAGUACAUGCCUGGAGGAAGUCUGUAUAAUUACCUGCACAAAAACAAAAGAGCUUUGAAGGUGUCCGAGCUGCUAAAAUUUGCAAUUGAUGUCUCAAAAGGAAUGGAAUACUUGCAUCUCAAUGAUAUUAUUCACAGGGAUCUGAAAUCAGCAAAUUUGCUCAUGGAUAAUCUUCAAGUUGUAAAAGUGGCAGACUUUGGUGUUGCUCGAUUCUUACAUCAGGAAGGAGUUAUGACAGCCGAAACUGGGACAUAUAGAUGGAUGGCACCCGAGGUUAUAAAUCAUCAGCCAUAUGAUCAGAAAGCAGAUGUAUUUAGUUUUGCUAUUGUACUGUGGGAGCUUGUGACAGCCAAGAUUCCAUAUGAGAACAUGACUCCUCUGCAAGCUGCAUUAGGUGUAAGACAGGGACUCCGACCAGAUAUUCCACGGGGAAUACACCCAAGACUAUCCGAUUUGAUGCUGAGAUGUUGGGACGUGGCUCCCAUCAAGCGGCCACCCUUUUCCAUUAUAAGAGUAGAGCUUGAAGAUCUUCUAAAGAAUUUCCAGAAUAUCUGUAGGAAGCUUCUGCAACACCUAUAGCUGGCAAUCAUGCAUUAUGAAGUAUAACUGUGAAUCAUAGAGACGGCAACACCACGGGAGGCUUUUUUUUGUUUUUGUUUUUUUGGGGGGGUUGAUCAAGAAAGAAAAUAGUCAAAUACAAACUUUCGAGAUAGAUACAUAUGUACAAUCACGGAAAGAGCGACACCCUGACUAUCUCGAAAUAUUUUGAUAUUCCUUGUAAAAAUUACAGAGUAGUCACACGAAUGUAAUAUGAAUCUUGUCAAAAAAAAUAAAAUUAUGAUGGUGUUCUCUACUUGUCUUGUAAUUUUUUGGUCGAGUUAUAUUUACUAAUAUAAUAUCGAAAUUAAUUUCCUGCA